CCGUUGACCAUCGAACCGUUCAAAUCGUGUCCAAGUCCAAGUCUUCUCUAGCUCUCAGCACAGAGCCACAGGCAGAUCUAAAGCUAGAGCAGAAGCCGAAGCCAGACUCAGAGCCACAGCCACAGCCACAGCCAUGAGCCUAACUGGAGCAGCUGGAGCUGGAUCUGGAGUCGGACCACGCAACUGGACGCUGCGUGGAGCUGUUCUCCUGCUCGCUCUCCAGCUCAUCCAUACUCCGAAUGCACUCCAGCACACCGAGGAGGGACUCGAACUUCUCUUUCGCGAACGGUCACAAUCGGACUGGGAGAUGUGGCAUCGGGAAACACAUUCGCGAUGCCGCGACAAAUUGGUUCGUCAACUGUAUUGGGCCUGUGAGAAGGACAUCUACAGGCUGACACGACGCAAUCGCAAGCGAAGUGGCAAUGAGUUAGUCGUGAAGGGCAGCUACAAUCCUGCUGCUGCCUCGACCUGGCUGCAUGUGAACUAUGCCAACAUGCUGUUGCGUAGCAGACGCUCGGAUGCUCCAUCGAUUACCAACGAGUGCUGCACUCGAACUGGCUGCACCUGGGAGGAAUAUGCUGAAUAUUGUCCAUCCAACAAGCGUCGCAAUCAUUAUUGAGCUAAUUCUCCCCAUUUCCACCAAAAUUUGCAGUUUCAAUUCCUUUCCAGUUCCAGUUCUCCUAAUCCUGUUGUUGUUAUAACUUAUAAUAAUAAUAAUAAUAAUGCCU